ACCCCAGGCACGGCUAGCGGUGUAGAGAAUGCUCCUGGGGGCCUCCAGCCCUCGAGAAGGCAAGAACUUUGAGUGAAGAAGGGCCAUAUUGCUAUUUUCGCGGGGAAGAGGUCUAGGGCAAUGGUAAGGGGCAACUCGCUCAAGAUGCCCCGCCCGGUUCUACUUCUCGCCUUGGUUGCCUUAGGCUUGCUGCAUAUCCCGACUCACGCUGAGGCCCGACCACCCUUGGAAUCCCCUCAAUCGUCCCCUAGCAUCCAUUCAGAUGCAGCACGAAUGACGCAUCGCAAUGCUGCCGUAGGAGCUGCAGCGCAUCGGAUCCGAAAGUCCCAUGUCAAAAAAGUGGAAGGGAGGACACCGACGAUUGGCGGCUCUGACGUAGACGAGGAUACCCCUCUCCCUGUCUCCACCAUCCCAGCUGGCUCAAGCAGCAGUUUGGAUUGGAAAGGUAGCCACAACGAAGGUAUCAGCAGUGAUUCUACGGGGGUGGACCGGGGCGAGGCCCCUUACAUGCACGUGGUCAAGCGGGACGGGCGAAGAGAGCCGGUGGCCUUCGACAAGAUCACGAAGCGCCUGCGCAGCCUUUGCAAGGGUCUGAAUACAGACUACGUGGAUCCAGGCCGUGUCGCCCAGAAGGUUGUUCAAGGCAUGUAUAACGGCGUUUCCACGGCCGAGCUUGACAAUCUAGCGGCGGAGACGGCGGCCUACUUGAAUAUCGAUCAUCCCGACUACGCGCGGCUCGCAGCCCGUGUGUCCGUCUCCAACCUGCACAAAGAGACCAAUCCAUCGUUCUCGCAGACGAUGCGCCAGCUCUACGACCAUGUCGACCCCGCCACGGGUCACGCUGCCGGCUUCAUCUCCGAGGAGGUGAUGGCGCUUGUCGCGGCCCACGGCCCCACCCUAGACGCGGCCGUCCGACACGAGCGCGAUUAUUUCUUUGACUAUUUCGGCUUCAAAACCAUGGAACGAGCCUACUUGCUGAAGAUCGGGCGCAAGGUGGUGGAGCGCCCGCAGUACAUGCUUCUGCGCGUGGCCCUUGGUAUCCAUGGAGAGGAUCUGCCCGCCGCCUUGGAGACCUACGAGCUCAUGAGCAACAAGUGGUUCAUCCACGCCUCCCCUACUCUUUUCCACGCGGGCACGCGUUUCCCGCAGAUGUCCUCGUGCUUCCUCCUGGCCAUGCAAGCGGACUCGAUCGUUGGUAUCUACGACACGCUGAAGCAGUGCGCCGUGAUAAGCAAGGCGGCGGGGGGAAUCGGCCUCUCGGUCCACAACAUCCGCGCGCACGGCGCCUACAUUAAGGGCACGAAGGGGACGAGCAACGGUCUGGUGCCCAUGCUCAGGGUCUUCGACGUCACGGCGCGCUACGUGGACCAGGGGGGAGGCAAGAGGCCAGGGGCCUUUGCCAUCUACCUGGAGCCGUGGCACGCGGACAUCUUUGAAGUGCUGGACCUGCGGAAGAACCACGGAAAGGAGGAGGCGCGGGCCCGGGAUCUCUUCUAUGGACUGUGGAUUCCCGACCUGUUCAUGGAGAGGGUGGAGGAGGAUAGGACCUGGUCCCUCAUGUGUCCCGAUCAGUGCCCCGGUCUCGCGGACUGCCACGGCCAGGCCUUCCGGGACCUAUAUUUAAAAUACGAACGAGAGGGCCGAGUCAAGAAGACAGUGCGUGCUCAGGACUUGUGGUUUGCCAUCUUGGACUCGCAGAUUGAGACGGGCACGCCCUACAUGCUGUACAAGGACGCUUGCAACCUGAAGAGCAACCAACAGAACUUGGGCACCAUCAAGUCCUCGAAUCUGUGCACCGAGAUCGUCCAAUACACGAGUGCGGAAGAGGUGGCGGUCUGCAACCUGGCGUCGGUGGUGCUACCCAAAUUCGUUGUGCAGAAGGCGGGGACGGGGGGGAAGGACGACGGACAGGCCGCAGACCUUACCGCGCAGAGAGGGAAGAGGCCAGGGAGCAAGUCUAGACAGGAGCUGACAUUCGACCACCAGGCCCUCUACAAUGUGACCAAGGUAGUGGUGCGCAAUCUGAACAAGGUCAUCGACAGGAACCUGUACCCAGUGCCGGAGGCAGAGCGGAGCAAUCGGAGGCACCGGCCCAUUGGCUUGGGCGUGCAGGGCCUGGCCGACACCUUCAUCAAGCUUCGCCUCCCUUUCGACUCUCCCGAGGCCCGGCAAACGAACCAAGAAAUCUUUGAGACCAUGUACUUCGCCGCCUCCGAGGCCUCCAUGGAGCUUGCCAAGAAAGAAGGCCCCUACGAGUCGUACCCGGGGUCUCCCGCCAGUCAAGGGAAGUUGCAAUUCGACCUCUGGGGCGUCACUCCCCAAAGCGGCCGGUGGGACUGGGCAGGUUUAAAGAAAGAGAUUGCCCAGCACGGCCUGCGAAAUUCCCUGCUUUUGGCGCCCAUGCCCACCGCCUCCACGGCCCAGAUCCUUGGGUACAAUGAGUGCAUCGAACCCUACACCUCGAACUUGUACGCACGGCGAGUGAAGGCAGGAGAGUUCAUUGUGGUCAACCCGCACCUCUUGGAGGAUUUGACUGCGCAAGGGUUGUGGACCCCAGCCGUACGCAAUGCCCUGGUGGCGGAGGGGGGAUCCGUUCAGAACAUCCCGGGACUGCCGCAGGAGAUGAAGGAGAUCUAUCGGACGGUAUGGGAAAUAAAACAGAAGUCAUUGAUCGACAUGGCCGCAGACAGGGGCGCUUACAUCGAUCAGAGCCAGAGCCUAAAUGCAUUUAUGGCGGAACCCGACUACAGCCGACUGACGAGCAUGCAUUUUUACGGCUGGAAGAGGGGUCUCAAGACAGGUAUGUACUAUUUGCGAACCAAGCCCGCAGCAAACGCCAUUCAAUUCACCGUCGACAGCCAACCGGUGCUGAAGAAGAGGAGGAAGAGUGGAGGGAGAAAGGGCGCAGUGGGGGAGAUGGGUUCAAGCGAGGCAGGAGUGGCGGGUGGCAAGGAGGAUAGUGAAGAAGAUGGUGAAGACGAGGACGAGAAUGGAGGGACUGCAGGGGCUUGCGGCGAUGACGUGUGCCUUUCGUGCCAGGGGUGAAUAGCGUGAGUAGAUAUUCGAAUUAUUCUGGGACAGUAAAUGGUACGAGCCAUGGAAAGCCCCUGAUGGGACGGGCCAAAGUAAAGUACGCACGUCCGUUGGGAAGUUGUCGUUACGUCAUGUGCAAACCUAAAAACACAUCAAGACGCGCAGAGAUCGAUCCUGGUGUGUGUCCCUCAUGUCCUUAGUUUGCGAAUGAAAGUAGAAAAUGCCAAAGUAAAACAUAUUCGAAUAC